AUGUCGUAUUGGCAAGCUUGUACCAUUUACCCCAACAAGAGCCGAAAAAGGAGCCUGGCGUGGUACAACAGUAGAGCAGGGAAGGCUCUGAACUCCAGGAAGCUGAAGUUGUACAAAAGUGAGGAAAAUAAGCAGGAACAAAUUCUGGCAAGUACAGCGCAGAGAAAUGUGUUUGUUGUAAGCCUGGCAGUUGCAGACUUGGUCGUAGCGAUCUACCCAUAUCCACUGGUCCUCACAUCUGUAUUUCACAAUGGAUGGAAUCUGGGAUACCUUCACUGCCAGAUUAGUGGCUUCUUGAUGGGCCUAAGUGUCAUCGGAUCAAUCUUCAAUAUUACAGGCAUCGCCAUCAAUCGGUACUGCUAUAUCUGCCACAGUCUCAAAUACGACAAGCUGUACAGCGACAAGAAUUCAUUGUGCUAUGUUGCUCUUAUCUGGGUCCUAACAUUUGUCGCUAUCGUGCCCAACCUGUUUGUGGGAUCGCUACAGUAUGACCCCAGGAUUUACUCAUGUACAUUUGCACAAUCCGUGAGCUCAGCGUAUACAAUAGCAGUUGUGUUUUUCCAUUUCCUGCUUCCCAUAGCCAUAGUUACUUUCUGUUACUUGAGAAUAUGGAUCCUCGUUAUUCAGGUAAGGCGAAGGGUUAAACCAGAUAACAACCCCAGACUGAAACCACAUGACUUCAGAAACUUUGUGACCAUGUUUGUGGUAUUUGUACUGUUUGCAGUCUGCUGGGCUCCUUUGAACUUUAUAGGCCUUGCUGUGGCUGUCAACCCAGAAACUAUAAUCCCGAGGAUUCCAGAGUGGCUGUUCGUAUCAAGUUAUUACAUGGCAUAUUUCAACAGCUGCCUUAAUGCUAUCAUAUAUGGACUCCUUAACCAGAACUUCAGAAGAGAAUACAAGAGAAUUAUUGUCGCUUUUUGUACAGCAAAAGUUUUUUUCCAGGAUAGUUCUAACGAUGCGGGAGACAGGAUGAAAAGUAAACCUUCUCCCUUGAUCACGAACAACAAUCAAGUGAAGGUGGACUCUGUCUGA